AUGAUUACUGAAGAUCCGCCGACAGUAACUCAUUUGAGAGUUGAUCAAGAAUGUCAAGUUAACUUCAAUCCAGAGUCUGAUGUCAAUUUUCACACAUUUGUAUGUAAUAGAUAUGUUAAAAAUGAAAUAUGUCAUGCAGAGACUCAAACAGAAAUUAUCGAUGAUACUAGGUUAAUUAAAGUUAAAAUUGAUAAAAAAAAAUACAUCUCUACAAAAUGUGGUACUCCUCAUACAACAUUUGUUAAUCAAGAAAUGCAAUCUGACAUUACUCAGUUCAUUGGCUUUUCAUCGAUAAAAAAUAAUAAUGAGUUGAUAGAUCUUGCAGGAGUGAGUUUUGAAAAUUUCGAAUUUUUAUUAAGAAGAGUGAGUAGCUCUAAAAAAUGCGUCGUUUCAACGAAAGAUCGGCUGUUGAUAUUCUUGAUGAAAAUGAAAACCGGGUUAACAUUUUCAGCACUUGGCGUAUUAUUCAGUGUACAUAGAACAACGGUUUCAAGAAUAUUUUUCGAAAUUUUACAAAAGCUUGCGGGUGCCACAAGAAAUUUAGUAUUUUGGCCUGAUAUCGACGCUGUACAAGAAACAAUGCCUGAUUGUUUUCGUCCAGAAUACAGUGAUACGAGAGUAAUUAUUGAUUGUACAGAAUUCAGGAUUGAAAUUCCUUCCAGUGUCGACAAUCGUGUUUUUACAUACUCUCAAUAUAAAAAGAACUUUACGGCUAAAGUUCUAAUUGGUAUAACUCCUGGAGGUUUUAUUAGCUUAAAAUCUAAAGUUGCUGGAGGACGGAAGUCAGAUUCUCAGCUGACAAUAGAAUCAGGGUUGCUUGAUUUGUUAGAAGAUGGUGACAAGGUAUUAGCUGAUAAAGGUUUUCCUGAAAUUAAAACGGUCAUAGAUACAAGUGGUAAAAAAGUAAAUAUAGUUAUGCCACCGUUUUUGGAAAAGAAAAAUGAAUUUUCCAAAGCAGAAACUCAAGAAACAUACAGUGUUGCACGAGUAAGAAUUCACGUAGAACGGAUCAUGCAGCGUUUAAGAACAUAUCAGAUACUGAAUAAAAUUCCAGAAAAUUUGCUUCAUUGCAUAGAUGACAUUUUGCACAUCUGUUGUGUUUUAGUAAAUUUACAACCUCCAAUACUGUCAAAUAAAGAAGAUAAAGAGGGUGGAAAAUAA